AUGGCAACUUCAAGCCUCAACCCGCUCAUCUCGAGCCAGAAGUCAUCCGAGCUACAGGCGGUCCUGCACCCCCUCGUUCUCCUCACUAUAUCCGACUACAUCACGCGCCACACUCUGCGCUCGCAGCCAGGGCCCAUCGUCGGCGCCCUACUCGGCCAGCAGAACGGCCGAGAGAUCACCAUCGAACAUGCGUUUGACUGCCACACAAAGGAAGCACCCGAGGUAGAAGGCGGCUACCUGUUGGACCCUGAGCGGUUCGGGGCGAGAUUAGAACAGAUUCACAAAGACCGCGGCCUUGACCUUGUCGGCUGGUACACCCUCCUCGCCGCCGCCGGCCCGACGCCCACGAUCCUCCCGAUCCAUCACCAGCUCCUCUCCGAAUUCAAUGAGUCCGCUCUGCUUCUCGGCUUUCACCCGGAGGAAGUCUUCACCCACUCCGUCGGCGGCAAGCUGCCCAUGUCCAUCUACGAAUCCAACUACGAGGUCGACGACCCGCGCGCCGCUGAGGCAGAUGGUGAGGACAAGAAGAUGGACGACGGCGAGUCCAAGCUCAAGCUCCGCUUCCGCGAGCUUCCCUACACGGUUGAGACGGGAGAAGCCGAGAUGAUUAGCAUGGAUCACGUCGCCCGCGGCGCCGGCAAUGCCACCGCCAUCGAGGCCCCCAAGGAGACCUCUGCCAAGCCCAAGGUGCAGCUCGUCGAGUCCGGAGGCAAACGCCGCGUCGUCGAGUCGGACGAUAAGGCCCACACCGAAGCUCAGCUGUCGCCAGAGGAGGAGGAGAUGGUCGCCGCGCUGACGGCCAAGGCGAACGCCGUCAAGAUGCUGCAGGGCCGCAUCCGCCUCAUCACGACCUACCUCGAGCGUCUGCCGCCCGAAUACCUAUCUGGCAAUGAGCAAUCCGCAACCGCCACCGCUGACGGGAUGCAUACAACACCGUCGCACACGAUUCUUCGCCAGAUCCAGGCCCUCGUUAGCCGGCUAGACCUUGUCGUCCCCUCGGAUGCGGACGCCUUCGAGAAGGAAGUUCUCUGUGAGGAGAACGACGUGGCCAUUACCUCGCGUCUCAACGACCUUAUGCAGAGCAUCAACGGCAUGCGGGAUCUGGGGAAGAAGUUUGGCAUCGCCGAGACCGCCCGGAGUCGGAACCGGGGGGGAGUGCCGACCGACUUCCCGGGUUACGGGUCUUCUGGUUUCAACAUCCCCGGCGCAGGCGACAUCAUGAUGUAG